GUAGCCUUUGAUCAGCUGCCUUUGAGCCAUCAAGAUGCCUUUGUCUUCCCACCCAGCAGCUAUUUUGUCUCACAUGAUAGCUGUAAACAAUGUACCUCCUCCCCAGCUUCGCAGUUUACCAAGGUUGAAAAUGUCUAAGUACAUUGAUUAUGGCCAGUUGAAUGCAUUGUGCCACAUAAGGGGACUGCAAUCCAGGAGUUCUUGCAGUGUGUUCUCAGCUCACACUAUGUUUAUAAAGCAAUAUCCUAAAAUAUUCCUGCAGAAAAAACAUAGACUGCCUAAACUUUUCAAACUGGAGGGAAAAAGAAAAUCUAUCGAAGACACAGUAGAAUAUGAACCCCAAAAACGUGAUGAUUCUCACAAUAUAGCUAUCCAUGUUAAAAUAGCACAUGGUGGUCUUACUUUAUAUGAGCCCAAAAAAUUUGAAGAAGAGUUUGUAGAAUUCCUGGAUAUUUUAAAGAAAUUCAUUUAAACUAUCUUCCCCAUCACAGAGGCUUUAAGAUAAACUUACCUCAUAUUCUUUUUAAUUUCUUGGAAGACAUUGUACUAUGAUUGGGACACCUUCCUGAAGGAAGGGGAGGAGAAGGAGAAAGGAGGGCUUAAAUUUAGGUGGAGGCUGGUUUCCAGGGUUGGUAUUGCAUUUGUGAGUAAAAUUAAAGUUGAAAUGAAGAUGAGAAGAAACUGUGAUAAUAGAAUAAAAUGAAGAGAAAGUGUCAAGACUAGAAUUGUGCCCAAAAUAAAAACCAGUAGCAUGGAA